AUGGACGACAGCAUGAGCGUCCAUUCACGCCCGGACGCCGACGACGAUGAUGAUCACAAUGGCCCUGAUCAUCCGCGCAAGCGCCAGCGUGUUCGCCUCAGCUGCCUCGAGUGCCGCCGCCGCAAGCUUUCCUGUGACAGGGGCUACCCGUGCCAGCGAUGUCUCAAGAGCGGCACGCCUGACCGCUGCACCUAUGAGACAAAGUCGGGCGUCGUCAUGAACGCCAGUGCCGGUGUGCCCCCGGCUUUUGCCCAGCUCGACUCCCGCCGCCACGGUCUCGGUCUCGGUCAUGGUCACGGCCACGGCCACGGCCACGGCCACGGUCACGGUCACGGUCACAGCCACGGUCACGGUCACAGCCACGGUCACGGCGGCCCCGACAUGUCCGUCACCAGCAGCGGCGCCUCUGACGCCUGCGUGCGGGACGCCGCCGCCACCAAGGACCACGACAGGAUCCGCAGGCUCGAGCUCGAGGUCGCUCAGCUCAAGGGCCAGCUCACCCACCACCAGAACGGAACCGAAAAGGCCGAGCUGCGCUUCUUCCGUGGCAAGGAGUUCAGGACCCGGUACUUUGGGCCGCACAACGCCACAAUGGCCUUCCUCGAGCUCGGUGGCCUGUGCCCGUUCAUGCAGGAGACGGCCGACGAGUGGCUGCGCCCAGCCGCUGCGCAUGACCUCAAGGAUCGCAAGAAGAGAAAGGAGGACCGCGAGCGCCUGUUCCUCGAGCGCGACCUCGAGCUCGAGGCCCUCGUGCCGCCGCGUGCCGAGACGGAUGCCCUCGUCGAGGUCUACCUGAGCCAGUUUGAGCAGGUCCACCGCAUCGUCCACAUUCCCACCUUUCGCCGUGAGUACGCCCGCUUCUGGGAGUGGGAGAACGCGGCCCACGAGAGCCGCUAUGCCGCCUUUACGGCCAUGCUGCUCGCCAUGAUCGCCAUCUCCAACUGCAUCCACACCCACGACCGGCCGCGCUUCACCGGCAUGCUCUCCAACGCCCACAACACGGCCCACAAGUGGAUCGAGGUUGUCGAGCGCUGGCAGGCGCGCCAGAGCAUGAAGCACCGCCGCCUCAUCCACUACCAGAUCGCCUGCCUCCUCUACCUCGGCAAGCGCGUCAACACGGUCAAGAAGAAGCGUUUCUGGACCAACUCGGGCGCCCUCAUCCAGGACGGCAUCUCGGUCGGUCUGCACCGCGACCCCGGCCACAUGGGCGGCCGCAUCUCGCUCUACAACCAGGAGAUGAGGCGCCGCAUCUGGGCCACCGUCCAGGAGUUUGACAUCCAGGCGAGCUUCGACCACGGCCUGCCGACGCUGCUGAGCCAGCUGCAUUACGACGUCGGCGCGCCGCGGAACCUCGACGACGACGACUUUGACGAGGAGACGACCCAGCUGCCGCCGUCCAAGCCCGCCAAGGACUACACCUACUCGUCCUACCAGAACCUCGCCCGCCAGAGCCUGCCGCUGCGCAUGGAGCUCAGCCGCCUGCUCUGCGGCCCGCCCGGCGACCUCGACUACGAGCAGGUCAUCCGCUUCACCAACGACAUCACGCGCGAGAUUGACUCGCUGCCGUCGUGGGAGACGGACGGCGCCAACAGCCAGAACGGCAAGCGCCCCCUGCUCGCCUACACGCUCCUCCACAUUCAGCUGCGCCAGUACAUCAUUCCCCUGCACCAGCGCUUCAUCAAGCUGCGCAAGGCCAACCCAAAGUACCAAUACUCGGAGAUUAUCUACUACAACGCCGCCCGCGACAUUGUGCUCCUCCACGACAAGCUCUACGACCAGGGCGUGCGCUGCCUCAACUUUCUGCGCGAGGACGCCCUCACGACGGCGGUCAACCUCUGCAAGGUCACCAUGCUGCAGCCCCGCGGCUCGACGCACAUGAUCAUGAUCAACUCGGCCCACACGGUCAAGCUGCUCGAACGCUGCCUCGUCAUGAAAGAAGACCGCCUCAUGCGGUGCGGCAACAACGAGCCCUGGGGCUACUCCAUCAUGUGCGCCGCCCUCGGCCUGCUCGAGGUCCAUCUCACCAUCAAGACGGCCGAGCAGGCCAAGGCUGCGUCGGCCGAGCGUUUCGUCAACCUGCACUACAAGCUCCUUUCGUACCAGGACCCGCCCAUGUCCUCGACAUCCUCGACGUUGGCGUCGGCGUCGGCGUCGGCGUCGGCCGCCGCCGCCGCCUCAGCAAACGACGCAGCGCGGCUGCCGGGCCUCGAAGUCCCCGAGCGCGCCAAGGUAGGCCGCCCACGAUCCGCGUCCCACGAGACACGGAACCCCGCUGACCAGUCGCAGUCGGUCACGCCCUUUUCGUUCCCCGGGUUCCCGGCCUCGCAGGGCAGCGCGGCCGGUCUCGCCGACGGCCCUGCCGCCAUGUCCAUGACGUGGAUGCCCUCGGCCGUCGACCCGGCGGUAUGUCUGCCGUCCCUCGUCGCUGCUGCCGUUGCUGACUCGGUGCAGGCCCAGGCUUUCAACCCGGACUUUAGCAUGGAGACGCUGGGCUUGAACUUGAACGAGCUGUGGGGCGAGUCGUGGGACUUUAGCUAG